CCACUCUCUCUCUCUCUCUCUAUCUCCCAUUAGUGAGGUUGCGUCCAUUACAAGAUCUUUUAGAGUUCUCUGAGAUUCAUCAACUUGAAAAUUAAAAGGAGAAGAGAUUCCAAAACCAUGGCUGCUGAUCCUACAACCAAACUCUGUGUGGUCUCUGUUGUCUUGCUCUUAGCUCUUGUCUCCUCCUUGCAGGGAGUUUCAGCAGACAAUCUUACCAAACAGAAACUGAACUCCAAGAUACUUCAGGAAGAGAUAGUGAAGAAAGUCAACGAACAUCCAAACGCUGGAUGGAAAGCUGCUUUAAAUGAUCGUUUCUCUAACGCAACUGUUGCAGAGUUUAAGCGUCUUCUUGGUGUUAAACCAACACCUAAGAAGUUACUCUUAGGUGUUCCUGUUGUAAGCCAUGAUCAAUCUCUGAAGCUACCUAAGUCAUUCGAUGCUAGAACUGCUUGGCCUCAAUGCACCAGCAUUGGCAGCAUCUUAGAUCAGGGACAUUGUGGUUCUUGCUGGGCCUUUGGUGCUGUUGAAUCAUUAUCUGAUAGAUUCUGUAUCCAAUUCGGAAUGAACAUUACUUUAUCAGUAAAUGAUCUCUUAGCAUGUUGUGGAUUCCGUUGUGGUGACGGUUGUGACGGUGGCUACCCUGUUGCUGCUUGGCGAUACUUUUCUUACAGUGGUGUUGUCACUGAAGAGUGUGAUCCGUACUUUGAUCAAACCGGAUGCUCUCACCCUGGUUGUGAACCUGCAUAUGAUACACCGAAAUGCAUGAGGAAAUGCGUUAGCGGAAACCAGUUAUGGGGCGAGUCAAAGCAUUACAGUGUUAGUACAUACAUUGUCAAGUCUAAUCCACAAGACAUCAUGGCUGAGAUUUACAAGAAUGGACCUGUUGAAGUCUCUUUCACAGUUUAUGAGGACUUUGCUCAUUACAAAUCUGGAGUGUACAAGCACAUAACAGGUUAUAACAUUGGUGGUCAUGCUGUUAAACUUAUUGGUUGGGGAACUACUGAUGAUGGAGAAGAUUAUUGGUUGUUGGCAAAUCAGUGGAACAGAAGCUGGGGUGAUGAUGGUUAUUUCAUGAUUAGGAGAGGGACAAAUGAAUGUGGAAUUGAGGAUGAACCAGUGGGUGGUUUGCCUUCAAGCAAGAAUGUGUUCAAGGUUAUUACCGGUUCAGAUGAGAUUUCUGUUGCGGUUUAAGAUCAGAGAUGGAUAAGUUUGUGUCUGUAAGAUAUACUAUGUUACUGUGUUGUUUGUUUGUUAUUGUUGUUUCCGGUAACCAGAUCUUGUUGGCCGUGAAAAUGUUAUAGACAUUAAAUAAUUCAAGACGAGCAAAAAAUAUGAUAUGGUUUC